AACAACAAGUUGUAUUUUUUUUCCUGUAGACGUUUCCUCAUAAACUCCCAAUAACCACGGCAAGAAGUCCGUGGGUCCGUGGGCACAUCGGCCCACAGUCCUCUCUGGCCUUCUGUCCUUCUACACAUACCACAGGGGCACCCGUGGGGCAUCCACCCGUGGCUUCUUCCUCCGUCGGGGACAUUCUCUCAUGACAGUCCUCCUCUGCUGCUUGGAUGGCCUUCCUUCCCACCCGGCGGCCCGCUGACCUCUCCUGGCAUGGCCAUUGACCUGGAGCCUCUCCUGACCCUAGUUCCUGUGGAUGGAGGCCACGCCACUCCGACGUUCCAAGAGGCGGAUGGGGAAAAGUGCACCAGGAGGACAAAUAGAGGCUGGCCCGGCCACGGCAACCAGGGGGAGGCCCUUCUGAAGGGAGGAGGGGAAGGGGCGAAAUCGGGCGAACUGGAGAAGAGAGCCAUUUGGAAGCGCCCAGAUGGACCGCCAGGAGCUGCUAGAGGAGAACUUCGGCGGGCAGCGAGUGUUUGAAGCCCAUGGAUCUAAAGGACAGAGAAGGAGAGGCGGGCGCCGCGGGCCGGUUUCCCCGGCUGGAGAAAGGGGAGCCCAUGAUCCGGAUCCCCUGGGGCCUCCGGGAGCCCAAGACGUGCUUCCCAGAAAUGCUCGCUUCGGACCCGGCCUCGUUACAGGUUUCGGGGAAGAGGACAGCACCGGGUCCCUCCCUCCCCUCCUCUGUGAUAAGAUGGAGGCGACGGCUUCUCCUCUCCCCUGGCACGGCGUCUGUCAGGAGGCGCUCCUCUCCGGCAGCCAGCCACGCUUCCCGGGCUCGCCGUGGGCUGCACUGUGCCAUCGAGGCCCCUUCCCCCCUCAUUGGGCUCUGGCUGGUGUUUCUUUAAAUAGCCCCCUCCUCCCCUGCCUGGCGGCGGGGCUCUGCCAGGUUCCCUCCGCGCUAGGUAACAUCCAUCAGGACUCCGCAUUGCGCGUUGGCUGCCCUGCCCUCUCCCGCGGCUCGGCCAGCCCGCUGCAGAGGCACCUCCGAGCCUGGGGCUGAGCCCCAGCAUCUCGCCAUCCCUCCCAUCGCUUUCUCUGGUCCGAGGGCUCGCAUUCUCGCGUUCUCGCGUACCGGGCUGGGGGAAGGGCCGAAGGGAGGGAGGCGCUGAGGGCAAACUAGUUUUUCCCAUUCGAUUUUGUCGGCGGGGAUCCUCCCGGGGAGCCAAUGGGGUGACGCGGCUCUCGCUGCAGAUUCCGGCUGCGGGGCUUCAGCCUGACGGUCCAGGGCCAAACUGCGGGUGCUGAGGACAGCUCCGGUUUGCCCAGAGACAAAGAGCCGGCUUGGCGCUGAAGGAGGAGAGAAAUUGAGCCCAGAGAAAUGAAAUGACCUUUCCCAGACUCCCAAGGAGUUGGAUUCUCUAGGCCAGGAAGAGGUUCCGGCUCUGCUGGUUCUUCCUGCUCCCGAGGGGCCGGCCAUGUGGGCCUCCCGGGUGCUUUGGGGAAGCCUGGGCUUCCUGCGCAUCGCCUGGUGUCUCCUCCCGCAGACGGGCUACCUGCAUCCCGAUGAAUUCUUCCAGUCGCCCGAGGUCAUGGCAGAAGACGUCCUGGGCCUCGAGGUCUAUCGUCCCUGGGAAUUCCUCCCCAGCUCACCCUGCCGGACGGUCGUGUUCCCUCUGCUGACCAGCGGCUCCGUGUUCUGGCUGCUGGAGCUGCUGGACCAGCUGGACCUCUGGCCAGGCUCAGUCAGCAGCUACACCCUGCUGGUCGGCCCCCGCCUGGUCUUCACAGCCCUCUCCUUUGCUCUGGACUGGGCCGUGUACCGGGCGGCGCCGCUCUGGGGGGCCGACCCUUGGCACGCCUUGGUCCUGCUGGCCGGCUCCUACGUCACCCUGGUCUUCUACACGAGGACCUUGGCCAACGCCAUGGAGGGCCUGCUGUUCAUGUGGCUGCUGGUGCUGGUCUCCCCGGGCCUGGGUAGUGACGGGGCCGAUGGGAAACCGAGUCCCAGGGGUGGGAGGCACAGCUGGCUCCUGGGUGCCUUGGUGGCUGCAGGGUUCUUCAACAGGCCCACGUUCUUGGGCUUUGCCCUUCUGCCCCUGCUCUUCUGGUCCAAUGGCUGCACCACAGUGCUGGCUCUUAGUAUGAAGCCCCUGGUCCAGAGCAUGCUGGAGCUGCUCCCCGGGGCCAUGCUGGUGGCCACCAUGUUUGUGGCUGUAGAUACGUGGUACUACUGCUCCCGGCUAGGGCUGGGCCCCCACCUUGUCCUGACUCCCGCCCACUUCCUCAGCUAUAACCUGGACCCCCAGAACCUGGCCCAACAUGGCACCCACCUCCGCCUCACUCACCUGGCCGUCAAUGGCGUCCUGCUCUUUGGGAUUCUGCACCUCGAGGCAGUGAUGGCUGCAUGGAGAGCCCUGAAGGAAAGCUUCAGCCUCUUGGCUCAGCGUCAGACUCCUUGGGCCCAUGCCUGGACCAUCCUGAACAGGCAGAACGUCCUCCUCCUCUUCUACUUUGUCCCCCUGGCCCUGCUCUCCCUCUUCAGCCACCAAGAGCCCCGGUUCUUGGUCCCCCUCCUGGGGCCCUUGACUCUAUUCAGCAGUCAGAAGGGCCGUGGGGCUGCCUGGUGGAGAGCCCCAGCAGUCACUGUCUUCAACGUUCUUGGGGCCUUGUUCUUUGGCUGCCUUCACCAGGGUGGCCUAGUUCCUUGCCUAUCCCAUUUGGAGCACAGUAUUCACUCUGCAGCUCCCAAAGGCCAGCUCUCCCACUUCACCCUCCUCUUCACUCACACCUACAUGCCACCCCGUUACCUCCUCUAUCUGCGAGGGCAGGAGCCCCCCGUGGAGGUCAUUGACCUCGGAGGGGCAGACAGUGGGGCCCUUUGCCAGACCCUUGACCAGCUCACCAGCCAGUCAAUCUGCAACAUUGCUGGGGGAGAUCGGCUCUGCCGAAUCUUUGUGGUGACCCCUGGGACAGUCAGGGAAGCCGUGGCCACCUGUCCCUUCCACCUGAGGAAUGAGACCCGGGUGUUUCCCCACCUGACUCUGGAGGACCCGCCUGUGCUCUCUGACCUGCUGGGCAGUGACUGGAGGAACUCUCUUGAGCUCUACAUCCUUGAAGUGGGAGAACGGAGGGAGCAAUGACCUUUGGAGAAGAGGGUGAAGCCCUCUUCUCAUCUUGGUGACCCUGGAAGCUCCUUUGUCUAGUAAGACUUGUUCAGUCCCUGCUCCCUCUGCGGUGUCCCCAGCAGGACCCCCAGGCAGAUCGACUUGGCACCAAAGCGUGUUUCCAUCCCAGUCAUAGGUCACAACUCUCUAGAACCCAAGCCAAAGACAACUCUUUGUUGGCCAAACUCUGACCCCUGGCUACUGGCUGCACUCCUAAAUGCUGUCAGUAUGGUGUUCCAUUCUGGGCAUCACAUGUCCAGAGAUAAAGACAACCCGAAGCUUGCCUAAAGAGAUGGUGAAGGAACUUGGAAGAUGAAUUGAAGAAACUUAGAAUAUUGAGUCUGAACAAAGGUCUUGGGGGGAGGUAGAGUAUAGGGGGGAGACUGACUAAGAGGACAUGAUCACCUUCUGGGUAUAUGUGAAGGGCUUUCUCCAUUUGGGAAGGGGAGGGCCAGCAGGAAGAACAAUGACAGAAGAAGGCAAAUUUCAAGAAGGUAGAUUUUCAUCCUAACAGAAUCUCUGCUUGGGAGAGGAGAAGGGUGGAAGAAAGGAAGAAAAGAAGGGAGGGAGGAAGGAAGGAAAGAAGGAAGGAAGGAAGGAAGGAAGGAAGGAAGGAAGGAAGGAAGAAAGGAAGAAAAGAAGGGAGGGAGGAAGGAAGGAAGGAAGGAAGGAA